UUAAAUAUGUAGCAAUUACCUCAAAAUGAAAUUAAUUGUGAUUCAUUAAAGAAAAAAGAAAAGAAAAAAUAACUGUGGCAGAAUUAAUAUGAUCAUCUAAUGUGUUAGUCCAGUGAUCUUCAUCUAUCAAAUCUAAGAAAUGUUACGUUCGUUAGUGUUUAUUGACGUGUCCGGCUGAUGUGGGUUGAGGUUCGUCAUUAAUGGACACAUGAUGAUAAGAGGCUGGAGCAGGAGCUGAAUCUGGAGGCUGAAGACAAACAACUGAUCAGUGAGUGAGUGAAGGACGAUGGCAUCUGCUGAACAGCAUUGUGACACACAAGAUGAGAUGGAAGAAGACAAGCUGAAACACAAGGAAGUCCAGAUGAGCAGCAGAGAUCACAGUGAAGUCAGUGUUGAUCUGAAUGCUGAAACUGGAGGAACUGCAAAUGUUCCUGUACUCACUGGAAACACCAUCACAGCCCCAGUGAACAUCAACUACUACACUGCAGGAAACGCGCCACAAAAAGCCUCGGAGAGACAGACGGAGAAGCACACAGUAGAUCAAGGCUCAACUGCAGAGGACAGUAAAGCUGCUCUUCAUGAGAUCAGCCGCAGACUGAAGAACAAAUUAAAACAGGAGUAUGAACGAAUAUUGGUUGGUAAUUCUCAGACGGGUCAUCAGAAAUACCUGAACAAUAUUUACACUGAUCUAUAUGUGGUGGAGAAUGAGACUGGAGGAAUAGUGAGUGAGCACGAGGUGAGACAGAUCGAAUUCAAACAAUUUGAUGCCAAGGACACACCAAUCCAGUGCAAUAACAUUUUUAAAGUCUAUAACGGUCGACGAAACAGAAGAGUGCUGACGAUGGGCAUCGCAGGGGUAGGAAAAACAGUCUCUGUCAAUAAAUUCAUCCUUGACUGGGCUGAAGGAACAGAAAAUCAGGAUAUUGCAUUAAUAUUUCCUCUUCCAUUCCGUCAGCUAAAUUUGAACACAAAAAACUGCAGUCUAAUGGGACUGCUUCACGAAUACUUUAGUUAUCCUAAAGAACUGGCCUCUCUUCCUGAUGGUGACGGUAAAAUCAUGUUCAUCUUUGAUGGGCUGGAUGAAUGUCGCUUCCCUUUGAACUUUAAAAAGAAUGACGGAUUUACAGAUGUUCACAAAAAAACAACAGUGGGUAAGAUAGUUACAAGCCUGAUCAAGAGACAACUGGUUCCUUCUGCUCUCAUCUGGAUCACAACCAGACCAGCAGCAGGCAGUCUGAUACCCCGAAACUACAUUGAUCAGGUGACUGAAGUGCGAGGAUUUAAUGAUGAGCAGAAAGAGCAAUACUUCAACAAAAACAGCAGUCCUGAGGUUGCUGGAAACAUCAUCCGUCACAUCAGGAAAUCCAGGAGCCUGUACAUCAUGUGCCACAUCCCCGUCUUCUGCUGGAUCUCUCUCACUGUUCUUCAGCCUCUACUGGCUCGAGAGAGCAAUGACAAAACACCCACAACUCUCACAGGGAUGUACACAAACUUCUUACUUACUCAGCAGCAACAGAUGAUAGCAAAAUACAGUGAUGAUCCUGAACCUGAGGCCAAUGCCAGGUCUUUUGAUCAGAUUAUUCUGAAGCUUGGGAAACUGGCCUUCAAACAGCUGGAGAAAAGAAACCUGAUUUUCUACAAAGAAGAUCUGGAGGAAUGUGGACUAGAUGUCAGUGAAGGGUCGGUGUUCUCUGGGUUAUGCACUCAGAUCUUUCAGGAGGAAAAAGCGGUUUCAGCAAGAAAUGUUUACAGCUUCGUACAUCUCAGCAUCCAGGAAUUCCUUGCUGCUCUCUAUGUGUUUUUGAUUAGCAAAGAUGAGAAAACAAAGCUACUAUUUCAAUCCCUGAGGGAAAAACUGACAUGGACACUGUCCAGAAAGACACUGUUUCAGCUUCAUAAGGGUGCGAUCAACAAGGCUUUACAAAGCAAGAACGGACACCUGGACCUUUUCCUCCGGUUCUUCCUGGGUCUCUCUCUGGAGUCCAAUCAGAGUGACCUGAAGGAAUUAGUGCCAGGACUGGAACUCAAAAUAGAGAACAUGGAAAACACUGUUGACUAUAUCAAAAAGAAAAUAGAGAAGGAGAAAUCAGUGGAGAGGACCAUCAAUCUCUUCCACUGUCUAAAUGAAAUGAAAGAUGACUUUGUGGAGGAAAUCCAGAAGAAUCUGAGCUCAGGAAAUCUUUCAGCACAGAAUCUCUCCUCUGCUCAGUGGUCUGGUCUGGUGUUUAUGCUCCUGAUGUCAGAAGAGACUCAAGAGAAGUUUGAACUGCAGAAAUACAGAAGAUCUGAUGAAGCAGUGAUAAGACUGCUGCCAGUGAUCAAAAACACAAGAAAAGCACUGCUACAAUGCUGUAAUCUCACUGCUCAGUGUUGUGAGAGUUUGUCAUCAGUUCUACAAUCCUCAAACUCCUUCCUGAGAGAGCUGGACCUGAGUAACAAUGACCUACAGGAUUCAGGAGUGAAGCUUCUUUCUGAUGGACUAAAAAGUCCAAACUGUCAGCUGGAGAUACUGAGGUUGUCUGGCUGUAUGGUGACAGAGGAAGGCUGUGGUUAUGUGUCUUCAGCUCUGAGUUUGAACCCCUCACACCUGAAAGAGCUGGACCUGAGCUACAAUCACCCAGGAGAUUCAUUCAUUGAUAAAUUCAACCAUCAAAACUGCACACUGGAUAAACUUAAUGUGGAUCAUGGGGGAGAGUUCAGGAUAACAGCAGGACUACACAAAUGUUCCCAUCGGAUCACUCUGGAUCUGAACACAGUGAAUAAACGCCUCCGUCUGUCUGAGAGCAACACAGUGAUUACACGCACUGACACACCGCAGUCGUAUCCUGAUCAUCCAGACAGAUUUGAUUAUCAUCCACAGGUGUUGUGUAGAGAGAGUGUGUGUGAUCGACGCUGUUACUGGGAGAUUGAGUGGAGUGGAGGUUAUGUGGAUAUAUCAGUGUCAUAUAAGAGCAUCAGCAGGAAGGGAUGGAGUAAUGAGUGUGUGUUUGGACGUAAUGCUCAGUCCUGGAGUUUGAUCUGCUAUCCUGACAGAUACUCAUUCUGGCACAAUAACAUAGAGACUCGUCUCCCUGUAGAGCCCAUCAUCAGCAGUAGAGUAGGAGUGAAUGAUGAUGAUGAUCACUAUAGAGUAGGAGUGUAUGUGGAUCACAGUGCAGGAACUCUGUCCUUCUACAGCGUCUCUGGAGACACAAUGAUCCUCAUCCACACAGUCCAGACCACAUUCACUCAACCGCUCUAUCCUGGGUUUAGGGUUCAUUAUGGAUCAUCAGUGAAACUGUGUUGAUGAAUCAGAACAGACUGACGAGAGAUUCUACCCAUAAUGCUUUGAGCUCAUGAUGAAUCAGUGACAGUGAGAUUAUUACAUUAAUACUGAAAUACCAUGACACAAUAAAUGUGUGUGUGUGUGUGUGUGAGUGUGUGCGUGUGUGAGAGAGUGUGUGAGUGAGUGUGUGUGUGUGUGUGUGUGUGUGUGAGAGAGUGUGUGUGUGAGAGAGUGUGUGUGUGAGAGAGUGUGUGUGAGUGUGUGUGAGAGAGUGUGUGUGAGUGUGAGUGUGUCUGUGUGUGUGUGUGUGAGUGUGAGUGUGAGUGUGUGUGUGUCUGUGUGUGUUAAUGACUCAAAAUCACAUGAUGAAAUAAAUGUUGAAAUAUUGUAGUAAAUGUUGAACUGCAGUGUACAUGUAUAUUGUGUUAUGUGUCGUUAUGAGGAGCAGGAGUGACACUUAAAGAUUUAGAUCCACUAACCCACUGAAAAAUAACAUCAACAAUCAAUUUAUCAAUUUAAUCAUUCAAACAUAAUUUUUAAAUAAAUACACACAUUUAAAACUGUUUAUUUGAUUCAUGUUUUAAAAAGUAGAUUAACAGAACAAUAAAAUGUACAUUAAUAAAUCAUUUUAAAUCAUUUUUUAAAAA